AUGCAUGGUGCACCUGGAGCUGGUAAAACGUGUUCAAAACACCUCCUACUUAAUGAGCCACCACCAUCUUCUACCAAUAGCACACCAAUAGCUUGUCCUGCUGUUCAAGCAACAAGAAUAUCCAUUGAUGAUAAAAAUAAUAAAUGGGAGAGGGUUAAUAUUAAAGAUUUGUAUCAACAGCUAGCAUCUCAUUUAGAAGAAAAUUUAGAAGACAAAACAGAAAAUGAUAAAAUUCCUUCAGAAGUGGAUGAAGCAUUAAAGUCUGAAGAUGAUGAUAUGCCUGUAGUUGAAGAUGAUGAUAAAUUUGAUGGUUCUGAUGAAUCAUCAAUUGAAGAUUCAACCACAAAUCAGUUGCCCAGAAAUAAACAAGACGAGAAUGAACAAUGUGCAGAAGAGACAAUCAAGAAUGAAUCAGCCGAGAAAAAAUCAAUUGAAAUUGAUCCAAUUGAAACAGAAGUAAUUCAAAAUGUUAGAAAUGUUCAACAAACCAAAAAGUUUUGCACAAAUUGGGUCUAUUUUAUUGAUUCCGGUGGUCAGCCAGCAUAUCGAGAGUUGCUACCUCUUUUUACAAGAGCAGCUGCACUGAAUAUCAUCACCAUUGAUCUUACCAAAGGUCUUGAUGAGAAGUGCAAGUUUCAGUAUCGCAUUGAUCAACAUCCGUCUCUUAUUGAUACAGAUCUGAAGUAUUCUAAUCGUGAUAUAAUUCGCUCAACAAUUUGCUCCGAAGCUAUGUCCACUUCCAUUGAAAUUCCUGAUGUUUUUAAGCCUGACAAGCCUAAAGAUAAAAUUUCUAAUGAGUCUAAGCCUGACAAGCCUAGCCACUCUCAUUAUCUUAUACUUGGUACACGUGUAGAUGAUGAGUCAGUGACCGAGAAAAAGCUAAAAGAAACCAAUAAAAGUCUGAGAGAAUAUAUAGCUAAUGAUAAAGUCAUAAAGCAAAAUGAGCGUAAAGGUUCGAUUAUAUUUCCAGUUAAUACGUUGCUCCCUGCUGGGUCUAAGGAAAGAGAAGAAGCUAGUGUAGAGCUUUGUACUGCAGUUUCAAAUUGCAAAGUUGAAAUGACAAUUAAGUUACCAAUUCGAUUGUUUGCUUUUGAGAUUGCACUACAAUUGGAAGCUAACAAGAAGAAGAGAAGUUUCCUCACACGAGAUGAAGUGAUUGAGAUUGGUAAGUCUCUUCGACUUGAUAAAGAAUCGGAAUCAGAUAUUGAUGAUGCUCUGCAAUAUUUACACAUUGUCACUAUCAUUCUUUAUUAUCGUGAUAUCCUACCAAAUAUAAUAUUUGUUGAUCCUAAACCAAUUCUUGAUGUCCUUUCACGUCUAAUUGCAAUUACAUAUGUUGACCAUAAUGAAUUACAUUUGAUUGCAAGGGUACCUAAUGAAAGAAAUAAUCUUAUGAAAUUUGGCAUUUUCAGAAAAACUCUUUUAGAAAAAAUUGGUGCACAAAACAUUUUUAAUGAUGAUUUUCAACCGUCUCACAUGAUUGAUCUUCUAAAAAAUCUCCACAUCAUUGCUAAAGUAGAAAACAGAGGAGAAGGAGACUAUUUUUUUCCAUGUGCAUUACCAUCUUUACCUUAUGAUAAGCAGCAUAGCCUCAAUGACCGACCAACAGAAAUACGACCACUUCUCAUAGCAUGGGAGAUUAACAAUAGUGGAACAACAACACUAGCCAUUCCUCAAGGAUUAUUUCCAUUAACCAUUGUACACCUUUUAGAGAGAAAAGGUAUUGUAGAUUUUGCUCCUGAUCCAGAUUCAGAUUCAGAUUCUGGUUCAGAUUCAGAAGAUGAAGUGGAAUUCUACAGAUAUAAUGAUGCCAUAUCACUUUCUGUUGACAUAAAAAGUGAUGAGUACACUAUAGAUAUCAUCAAUCGCUAUACACAUAUUGAACUGCGUUUAGAUGAGUCCAGCAAGGAAUUUUGUCCACAAAUUCGAGAAUUAGUUACAGAUGCUAUCAAAAAAAGCAGCAAUGAUCUCAAAGUUGGUCAAAACCAUGUUCUUGCCUUCAAGUGUCCCAGAAGAAAUAAACAAUCUUACUGCAUUGUCAAAGAAGAUUUGUCUUCUACCAGGUGUACUCAAUGUCGAUUAGAUUGUAAAGUACUACAAGGUGAUGAUGAUAGCUACAGGUGCUGGUUUAGUGAUUGUCAAUCAUCCAGUCCAGCUACUGAUGCUUCACCAGUACAGCCUCAUCAAGACAGUACCACUGUUAAUAUUAAUCCUGAUAGUGAUGGAGCUGGACAACUAGGUAUCACAGAUCUCAAUAUGGUUGUAAGAAGUUGUUUCUAA